AUUGUUGCUAUGACAGUGAUUGGAUAAAAAUGGCGGACUUCUUCACGAAAACAUAGAAGUGAUCUACACAAAAGACCAAAAAAGAAGAUCACUGCUUGCUGAAUGAGGUAAUCGCAAAGAAAUUCAAGAAGUCAAUACCGUAAGGAAUGCCUCUGAAAUCAUUUCAAGAUAUACAGCUUAGAUUUUAAGAAUUUGCAAGUGUUUUUCUCAAGUUAAAUUUGACAGCGUUUGUGGACCAGUUGAUCAAAAUCUUGCGCAUAAACAAUGGAUUUGGACCGCGAAGACGCAACGAGUUUGCAAGCAGGUUCUACAGAUGUUGCAUCUCAGGCGGCGGGAGCAGUUACAGUGGCGGAUUCCAACUUAACAGUUCCAGAUGAGAAUAAAAAUGGCGGAUCUAACUCAUCGUCGGAGAGUGGUUUGGAGGUCGACAGAGCCUCAGUUGGACAUGGUAGCGCUGGUUCCGAUGGAGAGCGAGAAAUUGAACCAACAGAAAUGGUACCUUUGAUUAAGGAAAGAGUCACAUUAAGCAGCCUGAAAUCUGAUAUGUGGACCGCUGAACAUGAUGCAACCAUCCUCAGGUUUCUGAAAGAUUCCACCCUCAGACUACUUGUGGUUUACGUUGACAAGCUCUUGGGACUGCAAGUUGCACUGUCUGUCCCUCCUCACCCAGCGGAAGAAAUGACAUACAUGAUCAGGUUUGAGGAUGUCGUGCUCAACCCUGACAAUAUCGAACAGAAGCUUCAGUUUGGUACAAUCAGGGCAAACCACAUUGAAAGUCUUCUGAGGACCAUGACAAAUGUCUAUGCACCCUUGUUCUUUGGAAAUAGAUCUUGGCCAGAUAGCAUAAAAAACGACUUCUCAGCUCAGCUACACAAGUUCAUGGCUAACCUGACAGACACUCGCUAUAAGAUGCAAGGAAAGACUGUCCUUUAUGUGCCAAAUGAAGGAACAAGACUGUCUGUUGAGGAGGCUGCGAAGAGUAAAGAAUUUGUGCAGCGUCUUGAAACUGCCAUGAUCCACUGGACAAGACAAAUUAAAGAAGUUCUUAGUAGUCAAGACACAUUUGAGGCAGCAGAGAAUUCAGGCCCACUAGAAGAGAUUGAGUUUUGGCGCAGUCGUUGUGCUGAUCUGUCAGGAAUCAGUGACCAACUGGACAAGCCAGGAGUGAAAAGAAUACAAUCCAUUCUGGAGCACUCCAAGAGUUCUUAUGUGGCUCCAUUUCUGAAGCUUUCAAAGCUUAUUCAGGAUGGAUCUGCCCAAGCUCAGAGCAACCUGAAAUUCCUGUCCACACUGAAACAACCUUGCGAAGAAUUGGCUCAAGCACAACCCAAAGACAUCCCAGCAAUGCUACCUAAAAUCCUGAACAUCAUUCGCAUUAUCUGGAUGAACUCAGAACAUUACAGGAGUAGAGAGAGACUCACUGGGCUGCUCAGAAAGGUGAGUAAUGAGAUUAUCAAGAGGUGCAGCACCAAAAUCUCUCUGGAGGACAUCUUUGAGGGUCGGAUCAAGACAAGUAUGCAGGGCUUGCAGGAGAGUAUUGAGUGCUGUGAGUCAUGGAAACACACUUACAGUAAGAUCAGUAGAAUGCAUUCUAAGCUGUCAAAUGAGAAGUGGAUUCUUGACCAGAGCAGCAUCUUUGCCCAAGUGGAUGCCUUUGUGCAACGAUGCAAAGAUCUUCUUGAGGUGUGUGAGGGACAAAUCCACUUUGCUAGAAUGUAUGAUGGAGAGAAGCGACCACUGCCAUGCUUCCAUGGUGUGCGAGGUCCAGAGGUUGUAAGGAGUCUUCUGGAGAUUGAAGCAACAUUUGAAAAGAAUCUGCAGAUACUCAAGGAUGUUAAGAAAACUAUCCUGGAUGUCAAGGCAACGACGUGGCAUGAUGAUUACAACAGAUUCCGUGCUGGGGUGAAGGACUUGGAAGUCAUGGUUCAGAAUUUGAUGUCCUCUGCUUUUGAGACGAUAACCACUGUCCAGGAAGGUGUAGAAAUAUUGGACAUCUUCCAGCAUUUGUCAUCUAGAGAGGCUAUCCGACGCACAAUUGACAAGAAAACAGUGGAAGUGUACCAACUGUUCAAUGAAGAAUUGAACCUGGUGAAGAAAGAAUUCAACACCAAAACUGUGGACUUACCGCCCAUGUAUCCACAUUAUGCAGGAUCUGCCGCCUGGGCAAGGAUGCUCAAGAGGCGCAUUGACCGGCCAAUGAAUGUUUUGAAAAAAUCCUUCUUUUUGCCAUUGAUUGGAACUGGAGAGGAAAUCAGAUCACAAUAUCAACAACUGGCCCAGGCCCUUGAUGAGUUUGUGAGAAAGACUUUCAAUGAAUGGACAUCAACUGUUGACAAAGAGGCUACUAGGCUACUAGAAAUUCCUCUGAUGCGACGCAGCCUUGACAGAUCUGGGACUCUUGAUCUCAAUUUUGACAGGACCCUUCUUAAGUUAUUUAACGAAAUUCACUACUGGGAGAAGUUGAUGUUUGAGACACCUCACUAUGUGUCGGAUCUGUACAUGAAGAAGGAAGAUCUAAGAAUACUCCGAGAAAAUGUGCUGCUUGUUGUCCGAGAUUACAACAGAAUCAUAGCUGUUUUGUCCCCGGAAGAGCGUGGAUUGUUCAGAGAAAGAAUCAGGUCCCUGGACAAAAAGAUCCACCCUGGCCUGACCAAGCUAACUUGGGCGUCAAAAGGAAUCUCUGAUUACUUCAUUGGAGAGUGCAGAAAUAACUGCAGUAAGGUGCAAGAUAUCGUGGAUGACUACAAGAAUGCAAACUUGACCAUUUCCAAGAACUGCAAGAAGAUCAGUGAGAUGUUACUUGUCAAGAUUGAUGGCAAGAGAGUCUAUGACAACCUGGAAUUUGAAGAGGAACAGAAAAAUCACCGCAGCCUUGUACAGACAAGACUUCAAGUCACUCAUGUGGAGAUUGUUGGCAUCAUGAAACAGACAUAUGAGGUUUUCAAGCAUGAUGGGCAAGAGGUUCAAGCCCAUUGGCUUCGUUACACAGAGAAAAUGGAUCGCAUGGUGGAAGAGGCAUUCAGAUUGAACGUCAAGUGGUCAUUACAGGAGCUAUCUAGAGCCAUCAACGGUGAUGGAAAGAGUGUCCCAAACCCUCUACUGAGAGUCAAGGUCGUGUUGGAGGGAGAUAAGGUUGAAUUUUCACCAACACUAAAGAAACUUGCCAGUAUGAUGGACCAAAUAGCUCUGCAGCUGACAACGUGCCUGUCAAUCUUCCAGCGACUACCAGAUAUCCUCACCAAGAAAAGGUCUACUAAAGAGCCUGUGUAUGUGAUUAUUGAAAGGGAUGAAGAGACAAAGAAGAUUCAAGCAAGUAUCAAGGCGGGCAUGUCAGCUAACGCCUCUCAUCUGCAGUCCUACCUUAGCACAUGGGAUAGCUACCGAGAAAUCUGGGAGAUACAAAAAGAUGCCUUCAUCAGAAGAUACCAAAGACUUAACCCACCAGUGUCUUCCUUUGAUGGAGAUAUUUACAGGUAUACAGAAAUUGUCAACAACUUUCAGAAAGAGGAAACGGUGCUAAACAUUGAUUUUGUGCUGCUGGACAACUCACCAUUGAAGUUCGCUCUUUUAGGCCAUUGUAACGAAUGGCAAAACAAGUUUACUACCCUCCUGCGUGAAAUGGGCAGUCAGAAACUGCUGGAACUGCACAACUUCCUAAAGGACAAUGCCAAGAAACUCAGUGCUCCACCAGAAACACUUGAUCAGCUUGGUGAUAGUCUGGCAUUACUGGAACAACUCCAACAAGACUUGUCCAACAUCGAGGCAAAGUUUCCACCUCUACAUCAACAGUUUGCUAUUCUUGAGAAGUACGAAGUUGCUAUCCCUGAGGAGGUACAGCAGAUGCUUGACCAGCUUAACGGCGAGUGGGUGUCCUUCCAGCAGUGUUUGAUUGACAGUGACGCCAUGCUGAAGAAAAGCAAGGAGAAGUUCAAGACAGGACUCAUUCACUCUUCAGAGGACUUCAAGAAAACUGUCACAACACUGUUUGAUGAAUUCCAGAACAAGGGUCCAUUCAACAGCUCUAUAGCUGUGAAGGAGGCGUUGGAGGAGGUCAGAACUUACCACGAGCAAGUCACAAACCUCAAGUCUCAAGAAACAAAGCUCAGACGAGGAUUGAACAUCUUCAAGAUCGAGCAGCCUCCUUCAAAGGAUCUGCAGGGAUUGGAGAAGGACUUGGAAUUCCUGGAACAGGUUUGGACCAUCACCAAGGAAUGGGAAGAGCUGUGGGAUGCCUGGAAAGUCGGCAAGUUUGAAGAACUGGUCACCACUGACAUGGAGACUACAUCACAACUGUUGUUCAAGAGAUUGAACAAGCUGGUCCGAGAAGUGAAGGACAAAAACUGGGAGAUCUGUGACUCCAUCAAGUCUCGCAUUGAGCAGUUCAAACGCACCAUGCCUCUAAUCCAAGACUUGAAGAACCCGGCCAUGAGGGAGAGGCACUGGGCACAAAUUAAGUCUGAGGUGCAAAAGCCCUUUGAUCAGAAUGCCGAAGACUUUACUCUUGAAAAGAUUAUUGAGCUCGGGCUGGAUCAGUUUGCUGAGCAGAUCAGUGAAGUGUCUGGUGCUGCAAGCAAGGAGCUGUCCAUAGAACAAGCUAUCGCAGGCAUUGCUGAGAGCUGGGAACAGAUUACUCUGGACAUUGGACCUUACAAGGACCGUGGACAUUUUAGACUGAAGGCAACAGACGAUGUCUUCCAGCAGCUAGAGGACAAUCAAGUAACUCUGUCCACCAUGAAAGCAUCACGAUAUGUCAAGGCUUUUGAGGCAGAGGUGGACAAAUGGGAAAGAACGCUGUCUCUCAUUUUAGAAGUCACUGAAAUGAUACUAACAGUCCAGCGACAGUGGAUGUAUUUAGAGAACAUCUUCCUCGGUGAGGACAUCCGUAAACAACUCCCCAGAGAGUCAGCGGAGUUUGAUGACGUGAAUGCCAACUGGAAGGUGAUCAUGCAGAGGCUGAACAAGGAUAACAAUGCAUUAAGAGGAACUCAUCAUGCAGGACUGCUGGAUACACUCAACGACAUGAACUUGAAAUUAGAAGAGAUUCAGAAGUCACUUGACAUGUAUAACAUCUUCCUCGGUGAGGACAUCCGUAAACAACUCCCCAGAGAGUCAGCGGAGUUUGAUGACGUGAAUGUCAACUGGAAGGUGAUUAUGCAGAGGCUGAACAAGGACAACAAUGCAUUAAGAGGAACUCAUCAUGCAGGACUGCUGGAUACACUGAACGACAUGAACUUGAAAUUAGAAGAGAUUCAGAAGUCACUUGACAUGUAUCUGGAGACAAAGAGGCAGAUUUUUCCUCGCUUCUACUUUCUCUCCAAUGACGAUCUUCUGGAGAUUCUUGGACAGUCCAAAAACCCUGAAGCUGUUCAACCCCACUUGAAGAAGUGCUUUGACAACAUCAAGUCACUCAAGAUGGCAAAGAUGGGAAUCACACAGAAGACUGAAGCAGUUGGCAUGUACUCGGCAGAGGGAGAAUUUGUGGAAUUUGGGCAUUCUGUUCUUUUGGAAGGACCGGUUGAGGCGUGGCUGUGUGACGUCGAACGGAGCAUGCGCUGGACACUGAAAGAACUGCUGAAACAGUGCAGGCUCGCACUGAAGAGGAGCACCAGUAAACGUGACAAGUGGGUGAAGGAAUGGGCAGGGCAGUUGACAAUCACUUCAAGUCAGAUGCAGUGGACGAGUGACUGUACCAAAGCACUGGCCAGCACUAAAGAAAGAGGCGACAAGAAAGCUCUCAAAAGUCUCAAAAAGAAACAGAUUUCCAUGUUGAACAAGUUUUCGGAGAUGAUUCGAGGUAACCUGACCAAGAUCCAGCGACAGAAGAUCGUGGCUCUUGUUACAAUUGAGGUGCAUGCCAGGGAUGUGAUUGAAAAGAUGAUCAAGUCUGGCUGCGGUGACGUCACAGCUUUUGAAUGGCUCAGUCAGCUGAGACUCUAUUGGGACAAGGAUAUUGAUGAUUGUGUGGUGCGGCAAACAAACACUCAGUUUCAAUACGGUUAUGAGUAUCUAGGCAAUUCUGGCCGACUUGUUAUCACUCCACUCACAGACAGAUGUUACAUGACUCUGACAACAGCUCUUCAUCUUCACCGUGGGGGUAGUCCUAAGGGACCUGCUGGAACAGGCAAGACUGAGACCGUCAAGGAUCUUGGGAAAGCUCUGGGAAAUUACGUCAUCGUGGUGAACUGUUCUGAAGGUCUUGACUACAAGUCUAUGGGGCGCAUGUACAGUGGCUUGGCACAGACUGGAGCAUGGGGCUGCUUUGACGAGUUCAACCGUAUCAACAUUGAAGUGUUGUCUGUAGUGGCACAGCAGAUUCUGUCCAUCCUGUCUGCGCUGUCGGCCGGUGCUACACGAUUUGUGUUUGAAGGACGAGAGAUCAACCUGGUCUGGUCAUGUGGUAUCUUUAUCACCAUGAACCCUGGAUAUGCCGGUCGUACUGAAUUGCCAGACAAUUUGAAGAGCAUGUUCAGACCUAUUUCUAUGGUUGUACCAGACUCGGCCAUGAUUGCAGAAAUUAUCUUGUUUGCUGAGGGAUUUAAUAACACAAAGAUUCUGCUCUUGUCCAUGAAGGACAUGAACAUUGCCAAGUUGACUUCACAGGAUCUUCCUCUGUUUAAUGGCAUUGUGUCUGAUUUGUUUCCUGGAGUUGAGACGCCCACUAUUGACUAUGGCAAGCUUCGCACUGCUAUUGAAAAAGACAUCAAGGAAGCCAGCCUCAAACCACACCCGUCCACCAUACUGAAAGUGAUCCAGUUGUACGAGACCAAGAACUCAAGACACUCGACCAUGUUGGUGGGUCAGACAGGCUCUGGGAAAAGUGUAUGCUGGAAAAUUCUGCAGGCGUCCAUGACACGGAUGAAGAGAGAUGGAGAUUCAAGCUACAACAUUGUUAGGGAGUUUCCCAUAAAUCCCAAAGCUUUGUCUCUUGGUGAACUGUACGGAGAGUUUGAUCUCAACACAAACGAGUGGACUGAUGGAGUGCUGUCCAGUGUUAUGAGACUCACAUGCUCAGAUGAGCGAUCAGACGAGAAGUGGAUUUUAUUUGAUGCUCCUGUGGACACGCUGUGGAUUGAGUCAAUGAACUCUGUGAUGGAUGAUAAUAAAGUGUUGACACUCAUCAAUGGCGAACGUAUCGCCAUGCCUGAUCAGGUUUCGUUACUGUUUGAGGUGGAAGACCUUGCCGUGGCGUCUCCCGCUACAGUCAGUCGGUGUGGUAUGGUAUUCACGGAUUACAAAGAUCUCGGUUGGCAGCCUUACGUGGACUGUUGGCUUGAAAAGCGACAGGAUAAGCAAUCCGUGGAACACCUUCAGAGAUUGUUUGAGAAGUUUGUUCCCAAGGUUUUGGAUUUCCGAAGUCACCACUGCAAAGAGCUUAUUCCAACAUCAGAGCUGAACUCUGUGGUGUCCUUGUGUGUGUUGUUUGACGCCCUAGCAACGGAGGAAAAUGGAGUGCACCCACACGAAGACAGUUACCCUCGCAUGAUCGAGUUGUGGUUCUUGUUUUCGUUAAUCUGGUCCAUUUGUGCGUCAGUGGAUGAAGACAGCAGGAAGAAAAUGGACAAUUUCCUUCGCGAAAUCGAAGGACAAUUCCCUGCAAAGGAUACUGUGUAUGAAUAUCAUGUGGAUGCCAAACAGAAGGCCUGGGCAUUGUGGGAAGACAAGCUCAGGAGUGGUUGGCGAUACACACCCAACAUGCCAUUUUACAAGAUCAUGGUCCCAACUGUUGACACCGUACGGUACGACUUCUUGGUCUACAAUCUGCUUCAGGCUAAGCGACCUGUCCUUCUCACAGGUCCUGUGGGCACUGGAAAGACCUCCUUGGCGCAGAAGGUACUGCAGAGACUGGACCCUAAGAUGUAUAGUCUGUUGGUCAUCAACAUGUCUGCACAGACAACAUCUAAUAAUGUUCAAGAAAUCAUCGAGAGCAAGGUGGAGAAACGAACCAAAGGUGUUUAUGUACCAAUUGGCGGUAAGCAGCUGAUCAACUUCAUGGAUGACUUCAACAUGCCUGCAAAAGACACGUUUGGUUCCCAGCCCCCGCUGGAGCUCAUUCGACUCUGGUUGGACUAUGGCUUCUGGUACGAUCGACUGAAACAGACUGUCAAGUACAUCAAGGGAAUGCAUCUACUGGCUUCCAUGGGCCCACCAGGCGGCGGCAGGAUGGUGAUCUCCAAGAGACUGCAAAGCAGAUUCAACCUCAUCAACAUGACUUUCCCUCAGGAAAGUCAAAUCAAGCGCAUUUUUGGAACCAUGAUCAACCAAAAGUUGCAGGACUUUGAAGAAGACGUGAAGGCUCUGGGUGAUCUUAUGACUCAGGCCACCAUUGACAUCUACAACGCCAUCAUCGCUAAAAUGCUUCCGACACCAACCAAGAUACACUACUUGUUCAACUUGAGAGACAUUUCCAGGGUAUUCCAAGGCUUACUCCGCGCCAAUAAAGACUUCCAUGACACAAAGACGGCAAUAUCCAGACUCUGGGUUCACGAGUGUUUCAGGGUAUUCUCUGACCGAUUGGUUGAUGCUGGAGAUCACGAGGCUUUCGUUUCACUGUUGAGUGACAAGCUUGGCACUAUGUUCGAUCUCACAUUUCAUAAUCUCUGCCCCAACAAGCAGCCACCAAUCUUUGGCGACUUCAUGAAAGAUGGCGCAGUGUAUGAAGACAUGAUGGACUUCAAGACACUGAAGAAAUACAUGGAAGAUCAAUUAGAGGAUUACAACAUGGAACCAGGAGUCAUUGCUAUGGAUCUGGUGCUGUUCAGAGAUGCCAUUGAACAUGGUAACAAAAAUCACAAAUUAUUUAGUCUCAGUCGACUGUCAGCUUAUAUCAUCGGCUUCAAAGUGUUCCAGAUUGAGGUCACUAAACACUACAGGAAAAAUGAGUUCAGGGAAGAUUUGAAGCGUCUGUACUUUCUGACUGGAGUGGAGAACAAACCCACAGUGUUCCUGUUUAACGACACCCAAGCUUUGGAAGAGUCUUUCCUUGAGGACAUCAGCAACAUUCUCAGCAGUGGAGAAGUACCAAAUCUGUAUAAACCCGAAGAGUUUGAAGAGGUCCGCACCACACUGUCAGAGGAGGCUCGUAAGGAAGGCAUCUUUGACACGCCAGAGACAAUGUUUAAUUUCUUUAUCGAGCGAGUCAGAGCUAAUCUUCAUAUCAUCCUGUGUAUGAGCCCAGUGGGUGAUCCGUUUAGGAACCGCAUUCGUAUGUACCCAGCAUUUGUGAACUGUACAACUAUUGACUGGUUUAGCGAGUGGCCCCAGGACGCUCUUUUGGAGGUGGCCGAGAAGUACGUGGAAAAUAUGGACUUGGGCGAUGACGAGACCAAAGGCAAUGUGGCUCAGAUUUUCGUCACAGUUCAUAGGUCUGUUGUGGAGACCAGCAAGAGAAUGCUGGUUGAAGUGAAGCGCCAUAACUACGUCACACCUACCAACUACCUUGAGCUUGUGUCAGGAUAUAAAACGUAAGUGUCGACCACUCCCGGGGAUCCCCCNAAGCUCAGAAAUGGUUUGGACAAAAUUGACGACACCAGAGCUAAGGUUGAGUCGAUGUCGAUCGAGUUGGAAGAAGCCAAGACUAAAGUAGCGCAGUUUCAGAAACAGUGUGAAGAAUACCUUGUGGUUAUUGUACAACAGAAGAGAGAUGCCGACGAACAGCAAAAGAUCGUGCAGGCUAGAAGUGAGAAGAUUGCCGAAGAGGAGGAUAAAUGUCGUGUCAUGGCCGAGAAUGCCCAACACGACUUAGAUGAAGCUCUGCCUGCCCUCGCUGAAGCCACUAAGGCUUUGGAGUCGUUGAACAAGAAGGACAUGACUGAGAUCAAAUCGUACGGUCGUCCACCAGCCCUGGUUGAGAAAGUCAUGGAGGCGGUGAUGAUCCUGCGAGGCGGUGAGCCUACCUGGGCUGAGGCUAAGAGACAGCUUGGUGAUCAAAACUUCAUCAAACAACUGGUCAACUACGACAAAGAUAACAUGACGGACAGAAUCUUAAAGAAGAUUGGUACGUAUUGCGCUCAGGCAGACUUUCAGCCAGAGAUCAUCGGCCGCGUGUCACUGGCAGCCAAGUCGUUGUGCAUGUGGGUGCGGGCCAUGGAGGUGUAUGGCCGGAUCUACAGAGUGGUAGAGCCUAAAAAACAGAGGCUGGCGCAGGCUACAUCCCAGCUGCAGGAGAAACAGGCCAUAUUAGCUGAUGCCAAGGCAAAGCUGAAAGAGGUCACUGAUCGAAUGGAAGAGCUGAAAAGGCAGUACGAUGAGAAGUCUGCGCAGAAGGAAGAACUGAGGAAGAAAGCUGAGAUCACUGAAUUGAAGCUUGAACGCGCCGGCAAACUGGUGUCUGGACUUGCGGGAGAGAGGGACCGCUGGGAAGCUAGUGUUAAGAUUCUGGAGGAGAACAUUGGCUACCUUGUGGGAGACUGUUUGAUUGCUGCUGCGUUCUUGUCUUACGCUGGACCAUUCCUGUCCAACUACAGAGACGAGCUGGUGGAGAAAACAUGGCUGGCGCAGGUGCGCCAGUUAAAUGUGGCUUGUAAUCCAGACUUCUCUUUCUCCAAUUUCCUGGCCAAACCAACCACUGUCAGAGAAUGGAAUAUCCAGGGUUUGCCCUCUGACUCGUUUUCAACAGAGAAUGGUGUUAUGGUGACACGGGGCAGCAGGUGGCCACUGAUGAUUGAUCCACAGGGACAAGCUAUCAAGUGGAUCAAGAAUAUGGAGACUAAGAAGGGUCUAAAAAUAAUUGAUUUGCAACAGUCGGACUAUUUGAGGACAUUAGAAAACUCCGUUCAGUUUGGUAACCCGGUUUUGCUGCAGAAUGUGCAAGAGGAACUGGACCCAUCUCUGGCGCCUAUCCUGAACAAGUCUAUAGUAAAACAAGGUGGUCGUUGGUUGAUUCGGCUUGGUGACAAGGAAGUGGAGUACAGUCCUGAGUUCCGUUUCUAUAUUACAACGAAACUGAGUAAUCCUCAUUACACGCCUGAGAUCUCCACCAAGACUACCAUCGUCAACUUUGCUGUGAAAGAACAAGGUCUCGAGGCUCAGCUCCUUGGUAUCGUUGUUCGUAAAGAAAGACCAGAGCUAGAGGAGCAGAAAGAUGCGCUUGUUAUUAACAUCGCAGCCAAUAAAAAGAAACUCGAGGAACUGGAGGACGAGAUCUUAAGGUUGCUGCAGACAGCUCAAGGUUCGUUGUUGGAUGAUGAACAGCUUGUGAACACGUUGAACUCGUCCAAAACAACUUCACAGGAAGUAGCUGAACAGUUACAGGUCAGCGAACAAACUGAGAUCAAGAUCGACGCUGCAAGAGAGGGCUACCGGCCGUGCGCACAGCGAGCCUCGAUCCUGUUCUUUGUCCUGAAUGACAUGGGCAAGAUAGAUCCUAUGUACCAGUUCUCCCUCGACGCCUACAUUGACCUGUUCAACAACUCCAUUGAGAAGAGUCAGCGGAGCCCCAACCUGGAAAUACGAAUACAGAAUCUGAAUGACUACCACACUUAUGCGGUGUACAAGUACACCUGUCGCGGUUUGUUUGAGCGUCACAAGCUGCUGUUCUCUUUUCAAAUGUGCUCCAAGAUUCUGGAAGCUGCUGGGAAGCUCAAUAUGGACGAAUACAACUUCUUCCUCAGAGGGGGAGUGAUAUUGGACAGGGAAGGUCAGAUGGAUAAUCCGUGUACUCAAUGGCUAAAUGAGAGUUCGUGGGAUAACAUCACAGAACUAGACAAACUGCCUAAUUUCCAUGGUAUUGUCACAUCGUUUGAACAGUAUCCCAGAGACUGGAACAUCUGGUAUACCAGUGCUGAGCCUGAAGUCACACCGCUACCGGGUGAAUGGGAGAAUGCGUGUAACGAGCUACAGAGGAUGUUGAUCGUUCGAUCUCUGCGUCCUGACCGAGUGUCUUUCACUGCUACAUCCUUCAUUGUCAACAACCUGGGCUCCAAGUUUGUCGAGCCUCCAGUGUUAGACAUGGCGUCGGUGGUGGAAGACUCGUCAACGCGUACUCCACUAAUUUUUGUGUUAUCUCCCGGAGUGGAUCCCACCAGCGCCUUGUUACAGCUUGCUGAGAACUCUGGGAUGUCAAAUCGGUUCCAUGCCCUCUCUUUGGGUCAGGGUCAGGCACCAAUAGCCACGCGCAUGAUCAAAGAAGGAGUGAAAGACGGUAACUGGGUAUUCUUGGCCAACUGUCACUUAUCCUUGAGCUGGAUGCCUCAGCUUGACAAGUUAGUGGAGCAGCUACAGGUGGAGGAGCCGCACCCUGACUUCAGACUGUGGCUCAGCAGCAGCCCUCAUCCAGAGUUCCCUAUCUCCAUCCUGCAGGUCGGCAUCAAGAUGACUACAGAGCCGCCCAAGGGCUUGAAGGCAAACAUGAAGCGAUUGUACCAGCUGAUCACAGAACAACAAUUCAGCCGCUGUCACAAGCAGGAAAAAUACAAGAAGCUGUUGUUCUCGCUGUGUUUCUUUCACAGCGUGUUAUUGGAGAGGAGGAAGUUUCUUAUGCUUGGCUGGAACAUCCAAUACGGCUUCAAUGAUUCUGAUUUCGAGGUCUCAGAGAAUUUGCUGAGUAUAUACUUGGACGAAUACGAGGAGACACCUUGGGACGCCUUGAAGUAUCUGGUGGCAGGUGUCAACUAUGGUGGUCACGUGACAGACGACUUUGACAGGCGUCUUCUUCAUUCUUACAUCAAUGAGCAGUUCUGUGACGUAGCCAUUCAGACACAGUACUACAAGUUGUCUUCUCUGCCAACCUAUUACAUCCCAAAAGACGGUCCUCUCACUACCUACAGGGAAUACAUCAGCAUGCUGCCUAAUGUGGACCAUCCAGAAGCGUUCGGUCAGCAUCCCAAUGCAGACAUCGCCAGUCAGAUCAUUGAAACAAAAAACCUGUUUGGCACGUUACUUUCGCUUCAACCCCAGAUCCCCUCCGUUGGACAAGGAGAAAGCAGAGAGGAAAAGGUUCUGGAGCUUGCUGCUGAUGUACUCAAGAGAGUUCCUGAGGAGAUCGAUUACGAACAGACAGCGAAAAUCAUGUCGGACGAUCCGUCUCCUCUCAACGUUGUAUUACUGCAAGAAAUUGAGCGUUUCAACGCCCUGUUGCGGAUCAUCAAAUCAUCCCUAAUCGACCUGGAAAAGGGAAUCAAAGGUCUUGUUGUCAUGUCCUCCGAUCUGGAAGAAACAUUCAAUUGUAUCUUCGAUGCCAAAGUUCCUCCUCUCUGGGGAAAGGCCUACCCGUCCAACAAACCGCUGGGUAACUGGACACGUGACCUGGUGCUGCGGGUGGAACAGUUUGCCAAGUGGGCGACCACAGCUCACCAGCCUGUGAUAUUCUGGAUGUCUGGCUUCACCUUCCCCACAGGCUUCCUAACCGCUGUGCUGCAGACAUGCGCACGACAGAACAACGUGUCGGUGGAUUCGCUGUCGUGGGAGUUUGUUGUGUCAACUGUGGACGACAGUAACAUUACACAACAACCAAAGGAUGGCGUGUGGAUCCGUGGGCUCUUUUUGGAAGGAGCUGGCUGGGACAAGAAGAAUGCGUGCCUCAUAGAAGCAGAGCCCAUGCAGCUCGUUAGCGCCAUGCCCACAAUUCAUUUCAAGCCUGUUGAAAACAAGAAGAAAAGUGGCAAGGGUGUAUACGCUUGCCCGUGUUAUUACUACCCUAACCGAGCAGGCACGUCCGGCCGAGCGUCCUUUGUGGUGGCCGUGGACCUGAAGGCAGGAGCUAUGACGUCAGACCAUUGGAUCAAGCGCGGAACGGCGAUUCUGAUGAGUCUUGACUAUUGAUCUGCGGUUAUUCGACGGGUUCGAACUUCUUGCGUGUAACUAAAGCAUUGUGUGACUACAGUAUGAACAUUACCAGGAGUACAAAAAACUGAACGCAAUAUUUUUACGUUCUUGUAUUGUAGAAUAAUUUGUUGUAGUCUAUUGUCAUUCAAAGUUCCUAAAAUUGUAGUAAACGUAAGAUUCUUUCUACUAGUCUUGUUGCCAUCACAAAGCUGCUAGAAUGAAUUAGUGUUGUCAUUUAUGAAGAUUAGAGAGAGAGGUCAUCGUUUUAUAGCACUCCUUCGUUCGUGAAAAUUGUAAAUCUCUGUCAUCGUCAUACAUGUACGUUUUUUCUCUCAAAGAGUGAAAUAAUUUAUUUAUUAAUUAGGUUUGUACCUGUAUUAAAGAGUAUUUUUCCACACCAUUUCAAACUA